GCUCGUUCCCGGGAGCCCAACCUGCAGGCCCCCGAGGUGGUGGAGUUGGAGCACUUGCCGCCCCAAGGGCUGAAGCCGCUUCUAGUCGUCUUCCCGCGCCUCGCAGGGCUUCUCUCGGUGGCGGGGCGGGUUCGGAGGGUCGGCCGGCAAGCACAGGUUUCCUGAAAGACAGAACAAUGGAGGAAUCAGUAAACCAAAUGCAGCCGCUGACUGAGACGCAGAUAACCAACUCCGAAGAUGGAUAUGUAUGGCAAGUCACUGAUAUGAAUCGACUACAGCGGUUCUUAUGUUUUGGUUCUGAAGGUGGGACUUAUUAUAUCAAAGAACAAAAGUUGGGCCUUGAGAAUGCUGAAGCUUUAAUUAGAUUGAUUGAAGAUGGCAGAGGAUGUGAAGUGAUACAGGAAAUAAAGUCAUUUAGUCAAGAAGGCAGAACAGCAAAGCAAGAGCCUAUGCUCUUCGCACUUGCCAUCUGUUCCCAGUGUUCCGACGUGAGCACAAAACAAGCAGCAUUCAAAGCUGUUUCUGAAGUUUGCCGCAUUCCUACGCAUCUGUUUACUUUUAUCCAGUUUAAGAAAGAUCUGAAGGAAAGCAUGAAAUGUGGCAUGUGGGGUCGUGCCCUCCGGAAGGCUAUAGCAGACUGGUACAAUGAAAAGGGGGGCAUGGCCCUUGCUCUGGCUGUGACAAAGUAUAAACAAAGAAAUGGCUGGUCUCACAAAGAUCUAUUAAGAUUGUCACAUCUUAAACCCUCCAGUGAAGGACUUGCUAUUGUGACCAAAUAUAUUACAAAGGGCUGGAAAGAAGUCCAUGAGUUGUAUAAAGAAAAAGCACUUUCUGUGGAGACUGAAAAAUUAUUAAAGUAUCUGGAGGCUGUAGAGAAAGUGAAACGCACAAAAGAUGAACUGGAAGUCAUUCAUCUGAUAGAAGAGCAUAGAUUAGUUAGGGAACAUCUUCUAACAAAUCACUUAAAGUCUAAAGAGGUAUGGAAGGCUUUGUUACAAGAGAUGCCUCUCACUGCGUUACUGAGGAAUCUAGGAAAGAUGACUGCUAACUCAGUGCUUGAACCAGGAAAUUCAGAAGUAUCUUUAGUAUGUGAAAAACUAUGUAACGAAAAGCUGUUAAAAAAGGCUCGUAUACAUCCAUUUCACGUUUUAAUUGCAUCAGAAACUUAUAAAACAGGUCAUGGGCUCAGAGGAAAACUGAAGUGGCGCCCUGAUGAAGAAAUUUUGAAAGCUUUGGAUACCGCUUUUUACAAAACAUUUAAGACAGUGGAGCCAACUGGAAAGCGUUUCUUGCUGGCUGUUGAUGUCAGUGCUUCUAUGAACCAAAGAGUUUUGGGUAGUGUGCUCAGCGCUAGCACAGUUGCAGCAGCAAUGUGCAUGGUUGUCACGCGAACAGAAAAAGAUUCUCAUAUAGUUGCUUUUUCAGAUGAAAUGGUACCAUGUCCAGUGACUACAGAUAUGACAUUACAGCAGGUUUUAAUGGCUAUGAGUCAGAUCCCAGCAGGUGGAACUGAUUGCUCUCUUCCAAUGAUCUGGGCUCAGAUAACAAACACAGCUGCUGAUGUCUUCAUUGUCUUCACCGAUAAUGAGACCUUUGCUGGAAGUGUCCAUCCUGCUGUUGCUCUGAGGGAGUAUAGAAAGAAAAUGGACAUUCCAGCUAAAUUGAUUGUUUGUGGAAUGACAUCAAAUGGUUUUACCAUUGCAGACCCAGAUGACAGAGGCAUGUUGGAUAUGUGUGGCUUUGAUACUGGAGCUCUGGAUGUAAUUCGAAAUUUCACAUUAGAUGUGAUUUAACCAUAAGCACCAGCAUGAUCUAAGAGGUCCAUUGCCAUCAGUGAUCUCGCUAAAAAUAUGUAGCUACUUCCCAGCUAAUCGUAAUCCAGUGAAAGAUGAUAAGAUGAUAGGUGCAUAAUGUAUAUGUGCAGUAGGUGCAUAAUGGAAAUUUUACCUUACCAAAAAACAAAAAUGAAAACAAACAAAAAGGAAGGAAAAAUAAGAUGAGCCCAAAGUUCUUUCUGUCUACUAAACUAGCUCUUGGGAAAUAGCUUCAGAAUACACUGUAGCUCCCUCUAUUUAAUAGAGAACUUCUUAUUGAUAGAUACUGUAAAAUAGUCAAGCAGUUUUGCUGUGGUGAAUAAUCACAUUUAUACUUAAAAGAAGUAAGAGCCAAAAGUGUAAGUAGUUCCAUAUCAUGCCACUUGUUUAAGAAGUGCUUAAAAUUUUCUUAAAUGUUUGCAUUGGGAAAGGACAGCUUUGGUAAUGUCCAAAUACUUUGAAAUGCACUGGACCAUGUAACUGUGAUGGAAUAUGAAAUUCAUCUGUAAAUUUUUAUACCAAGGGGUUUAAAAAAAAAGACAUUUGAUUAAAUUAUGAAUGAGUUUUAAAA